CCCAUCUUUCUUGUAACAAGAUUAAUUUAUAAACGUGAGUAUUUGAAAAUCCAACCGUAGUUAAUGAGAGAUGGAAACACAUGGGAUCCCAAGUUUCCAGCCCAUUUUACAUUAGACUAUUAUCCUACUGUUGAAGGCUUGAAGCAGUUAAUUAGUUGAGGGUCACACUAUUUAUCAGCCAAACAUCAUGUCAGAGAUCUGUCAAUUUAUGAAGUGUCGCGAUAUUUCUAAGUCGAAAAAAUAAAGAAAAUGUGGGAAAAAUUGAAGAAAUUAAACUAGAAUUUCUCGUAGUACUUAAUUUAAGUUAAAACAUAAUGAAUGGGUGAGGGGUGCUACCUUUGAGAAAAACUACUAGUACUAUAUGUCAUGACAAAAACGAAUGCUAUCUUUCUCCUUCCGGGAACAAAUAUUCUAUCUUUAACUCUUGAUUCCCGCUCCCACUACUCUCUCUCUCUGUCAGCGCACACACACUCACACUCGCGAAAGAUACAUUAAAAGGCUGCUCAGAAUUUCUCUCUCUUGAAUCCAGUGGUGAAUUACUCUGCUGCUCAACCUCCACUGUUUGCACCCAUACCUCUUUCACACUGCUUCAUUCAUGUGCCGGUAAAUUUUCCAUUAUGAUUUUCCUCGUCUAAUAAUGUGCAAUUUGGUGCGUUUCGGAUCUGAUCUGUGCGGUUGAGUAUGCUUGUAUUUUCCUUGACUGUUUUUUAUACUCUCAAAUUUGAUCCAUAUUCUUUCAUGGAUGCCAUCAUGCCAACUACUCUAUGUUUGUGUUGUAGUAGUUAAUUCUCGCUCUUCCUUUUUUUUUGUUUUUGGUGAAGCUGUGCAAGUUAAAGUUUGAUAUGUAUGCUUUGUUCAUCGGCAGAGUAAUCGAUAUGAAUUCUGAUUCGUUAGUAUUCAUUUAAGUUGAAGGUUUGUUGGUUCAAUUGGUAUUGUUGCACCAGUCGAUGUAUUAGUGUUAAUUUGAGCUGGUUGAUUUAUCAUGAUCUGGAAUUUUGGUUGUUUUCAGCAGAUCCUUGAAGAAAUUGCUGGAUUUCAUGAUUCGGUAGAUGAUUGAAUGGAAAAUUAGAGCAUAAAUAAGUUCUGUGAUUUUAUGUUGAAGACAGGGCAGCAAUUGGAGAUGAGAACUUCUUCGCACAGUAACCUACCAUUUGCUAUGAGCCAGAGACCGCAGAUUAACUGGUUACUGUUGUGUAUAAUCAGCGUCUUUGGAUUUAUUGCCCUUUCCAGAUCUUAUUUGUCUGGUAAAUUUGAUUCUGCUAGUGCCUCAGCGAGACCUAACAUUUAUUCAAGUUAUAGAAGGUUGAGAGCGCAAGCAGAGAAUGAUUAUUUGGAGUUGAGAAAUUUGGGAGCUAACCAUGUAAAUGAUUACAGUCUGUGUGGGAAGGAAAUGGAGAAUGGUGUUCCUUGCUACAACGUAUCUGCCAACUUGCUAGCUGGUUUCAAAUAUGGCGAGGAGUUUGAUCGUCAUUGCGAAGUAUUGAGAAACAAGCAGCGUUGUCUGACUCGUUCGCCUAAGGAUUAUAAGAUCCCCUUGACCUGGCCUGGCGGUAGGGAUGUUAUAUGGAGCGGAAAUGUGAAGCUGAGCAAGGAUCAGUUCCUUUCAUCUGGAAGCAAGAUGAAAAAACUUAUGUUGCUAGAAGAGAAUCAAAUUGCUUUUCAUUCAAAUGAUGGAAGGACUGCUGAUGAUGUCAGAGAUUAUUCUAACCAGAUUGCCAAGAUGAUAGGGCUGGGGAGUGACAAUGAAUUUCAUCAAGCUGGUGUCCGCAAUGUUUUAGAUAUUGGCUGUGGGUUUGGUAGCUUUGGUGCGCAUCUGCUUUCACUUAAAUUGAUGGCUGUUUGUAUGGCAGCAUAUGAAUCAACAGGAAGCCAAGUUCAGCUAGCUCUCGAGAGAGGUCUCCCAGCAAUUAUUGGCAACUUCAUCUCGAGACAGCUACCUUAUCCUUCUUUAUCAUAUGAUAUGGUUCACUGUGCCCAGUGUGGCAUUUUCUGGGAUGACAAAGAUGGCAUGUUUCUUAUUGAAGUUGACAGAGUACUUAAGCCUGGAGGCUACCUUGUUUUGACCUCGCCUAGGAGCAGAGGACGCAGAAGUUCUCCGGGCUCCAAAAGGGGAAGUGCUUCAAGUCCUUUUGAAAAAUUCAUCAAAAAGCUUUGUUGGAAUCUCUUGUCUGAGCAAGACGGGACUUUCAUCUGGCAGAAAACUACAGAUUCUCAUUGCUAUGCUUCCAGCAAGGAUCUUUUCCCUCUAUGUAAGAGAGAGGAUGGCCUUUCAUACUACAAACCACUUGUGAAAUGCAUAAGUGGAACCACCAGCAAACACUGGACACCAAUUCAGAACAGAUCUUCUGCUUCUCUGGAGUUUCAAAUCCAUGGAAUUCAUCCUCAAGAAUUCUCUCAAGAUCUGGAGUUCUGGAGAUCCUCACUGAGAAACUACUGGCCAUUGCUAUCUCCCUUGAUCUUCUCAGACCACCCCAAGAGGCCCAGUGACGAAGACCCGGACCCUCCUCACAACAUGGUCCGGAACGUGAUGGACAUGAACGCGAACUACGCAGGCUUGAACGCUGCCCUACUGGAAGGCGGGCACUCAGUGUGGGUGAUGAAUGUUGUGCCUAUGGGUGAAAGCAGCACCCUCCCUUUCAUUCUUGAUCUAGGCUUUGCAGGUGUUGUACAUAACUGGUGUGAGCCUUUCCCUACAUAUCCUCGGACAUACGACAUGCUUCAUGCAAAGGGUCUGCUAUCCCACCUGGUUUCAGACAAGUGCAGCAUCACCGAUCUGAUCUUUGACAUGGAUCGAAUUCUCCGGCCUGAGGUAAUGUUUAAGAGAUUUAUAUGCCUCAAAUAUUCAUAUUCAAAUGUUUUUUUUUGCUUAAAUCUGGUGAUAAUCUUGGCAGGGGUGGGUUGUCAUUUCCGACAAGAUCGGUGUGAUAGAGAAAGCAAGAACUGUUGCUGCUCGCCUUCACUGGGAAGCAAGGGUUGUCGACAUCGAUAACGGCACCGACCAGCGCCUACUCCUCUGCCAAAAACCAUUCUUCACAAACUGACACCUUUCUGUACCAUUAAUAUUACAGAGGAGGAUAUGAUGCAAGUGAAAGGUCUUCUUCAACA